UUCGUUUCUCGGGAGAAGGUGAAAUAGCGUUUCAGCCAAGUCCUCACAGCGUUAAAGUGCCAACCGAUUAGAUACCCUUCAGCAAAUGGAGUCAAACGACGCAGGUCGUGGAGGCUGGAAGAAUAAGUUUGCUCAAAAGAGCAAGAUUAACGUUAUCAUGCGGCAGGAAGAGCUGAUAGCCCAGAAAAAGCGAGAGAUAGAAGCAAAGAUGGCCGAGCAAGCUAAACAGAACAUGUCAGCUCCUAGCAAACCAUUGCCACAAAGCCCCCCGAGUUCACAGGGUCCAAGCUCAAACAAGUUUGUGAAUGAUGGGAGUUUCCUUCAGCAGUUUCUGCAGAUGCAGAAGGAGAAAUCCAACACAGACUCAGUAUGCAACAGUGACUCCAGAAUCCACACGUCGUCGUCGUCGUCGUCGUCAUCACCGUCAUCAUCAUCAUCAUCAUCGCAGAGCCCAGCGACAGCUGCCUCUCAGACCCAGAAGAAGAGCAUUCUGGUUGGAAAACGUCCUGGUUUGGGUGUCAGCAGCAUGCUCAGUCAGUUUAAGAGCUACUCACAGCCCAGAAAGUCCCUGCUUCAGAUCCCACGGCCAAGUGUCUUUAGCUCCCCAGAUGAGGACGAGGACGAGGAGGAUGAUGCCCCGUUUCUGGAAAUCAAAGUUUCCCCCCCAGAGGAUGAAGACUUGGGCCUCAUCAUCGACCGGAUGGCUGCUUUCAUAGCCGAAGGAGGCCCAGAGCUCGAGAGGAAAGCCGUGGAAGACUACAAGGACAAUCCCGUCUUCUCAUUCUUGGUUGAAAAAGACAGCAAGGAAUAUCUGUACUUUCGCAAGAGAGUAGCUCAGCUGAGACAAGAGAUCCAUGCAAAAGAUUCAUCCACACGAGCUGAUGUCUCCCCCUCAGUGGACGAGAGCACGAGGAAGGUGGCGGAGAAGCUGGCCCGCUUCGUGGCCGACGGAGGGCCAGAGGUGGAGGCCAUCGCUACCAAGCACAACCACGACAACCCUGCCUUCCGCUUUCUCUACGAUCACCAAAGCCCAGCUCACCGCUUCUACAAGGCCAAAGUGGAGGAGUACCGUCAAUCCAAAAACAGCUCUACAGCGUCCCCUCAUCUUGAACCUCUGCCGUCCUCCGAGCGGCUCGUGACCAUGCUGCACAGCUCCGCCUCCAGCUCAGCCCGGGUGGAGCCUCGGGACCAGGAGGCGGGGCCUGCGAGCAGCAAACGGAAGAGGAAGAGCCGCUGGGGGGCUGAAGACGACAAAGUGGAGCUGCCCAUCCCCCCGAUUGUUGCCCCCGAGAUGCCCACAGACCAGGAAACGGCGUCACUUUCUGCUCAGGAGCUGAGGGGACUGGGUUAUAAGAAGGGGAAGCCAGUCGGUCUGGUUGGUGUCACUGAGCUGUCGGAGGACCAGAAAAAACAGCUCAAAGAACAGCAGGAAAUGCAGGAGAUGUUCGAUAUGAUCAUGAAACACAAGCGAGCCAUGCAGGAGAUGCAGCUGAUGUGGGAGAAGGCAGUGCGUGACCACCAGCACGAGUACGACAGCGAUGAGGAGAUCGACAGCCAGGCUGGCACCUGGGAACACAGACUCCGAAAGAUGGAGAUGGAGAAAACUAGAGAGUGGGCGGAACAGCUGACUGAGAUGGGAAAAGGGAAACAUUUCAUUGGUGACUUCCUGCCACCUGACGAGCUGGAGAAGUUCAUGGAAACGUUUAAGGCUCUAAAGGAGGGCAGGGACCCCGACUACUCGGAGUACAAGGAGUUCAAGCUGACAGUGGAGAACAUCGGCUUUAAAAUGCUGAUGAAGAUGGGCUGGAAGGAGGGAGAAGGUCUGGGCACGGAGGGCCAGGGCAUCAAAACCCCCGUCAACAGAGGCACCACUGCAGUAGAUGGUGCAGGAUUUGGGGUGGACCGACCUGCUGAACUCUCUAAAAAUGAUGACGAGUACGAUGCUUUCCGCAAGAGGAUGAUGCUGGCCUACCGUUUCAGACCAAACCCUCUGAAUAAUCCAAGGAGACCAUACUACUGAAGAGGUCAUUGGGUGUACUAUACUGUUCAUUUCUUUUGAUCUUGUCUGACAUCUUUUUGUGGGUGUACAGCUUAAAAUGCACUCCUUGAUAUUGCAAAGUCAGUCUUGCUCAACUGGUUUUUAGUGACAUAUAGUGCAGAUUUUACCAUUUCCCCUCGAGGCAUUUUAAGAUUCAUCAUCGUGGAUACACUCAAGAUUAAGGUUAAAGCUCUUAGCUGGUUGUGCAUUUUCCCUACAUUUCAACAGAAACCUCACAAAACUUUCAAGUUGCACUAAUUAUCUUGACAGUAUGUGAACUCACUACAAUGGAGGAAAAAAAACCGUUUUCUCUCUGUUGUAAAACACCUAACGUUCUGUAGACAUUGAAUAAAAAUUUCAUUGGUCCUCAAAUAGCUGUGUGCAUG